UGAUCAGCUGUGUCCAAUCACAGCUGAUCACAUGUAAACAAGGAAAUGCCAGUUAUCGGCACUUCUCUCCCCACGAGCUGUCACGCUGACAGCUCAGGGGACAUCUACACAGAUCAUCAGAGCACUGAUGAUCAGUGUGCCCUGAUGAUCUGUAGAGCCCCAGCAGCGCCACCUGUCAGUGUCCAUCAGUGCCAGCUCUCAGUGCCGAUCAGUGCCACGUGCCAGUGCCACAUCAGUGCCGCAUUUCAGUGACCAUCCGUACCACAUCAAUGCCACAUAUCAGUGCCCAUCUGAGCUGCCUUUCAGUGUCACCCAUCAGUGCCACCCAUCAGUGAUGCCUGUCAAUGCCCAUCACUGCCACCCAUCACUGCCACCUACCAGUGCCUCAUCAGUGCCCAUCAGUGCAGCCUCAUUAGCGCACAUCAGUGAAGGC